CGUUUGACCUAUACUUGACGACUUCGCUAUGCUAUCAUGUACCAUUUGCUCAAGGGACUAUACGAGUUUCUAAUUAGGAAGGAAGAGUUCUCGGUGAUCAUCCUUGGACUUGACGGUGCUGGCAAGACGACGUUGCUGGAGAAGAUUAAGACUCUUUAUAAUGACACUCCUGGUCUCGCGCCCGACAAGAUAGCUCCUACCGUGGGGCAGAACAUGGGAAAGAUCAGUUUGCCAUCAACAAUUCUCCAAUUCUGGGACCUCGGUGGCCAGAGAGGCAUUCGCUCGAUCUGGCAUAGAUACUACGAUGACUGUCAUGCCGUCGUCUUCGUGAUUGAUGCGCAAGACCGGGAACGGCUGGGUGAAGGAUGGGAGGUCUUCGAUUCUGUCCUGUCAGCACCGCAGAUUCUCGGUGUCCCGCUGCUACUACUUGCCAACAAACAAGAUAGUCCGCAGAGCAUGUCUGUAGAAGAGAUACGUACCAACUACGAGGAGUGGUAUAGGAGCAAGCAGGACGCAGCCCGGCGGCGAUAUGGAGAAGAGGUGGAACUCGAACAACGCAGGGACCGCAUCGCUAGUCUGGAUGUCAUGGGCAUUUCAGCUCUAGAGGGCACCGGUGUACGCGCAGCUGUUGACUGGUUGUUCAUUCGUGUCCAGAACAGUCGUCGGAGAGACGAGCAAAAUGAUGGCAGAUAAACUAUCUUCGACGUCCUUGGUCAUAUUGCUCUAUCGCUCUGCUCGGUCCGGACACUGUUGAUGGACCUAUUCUCCUAUGUUUUAGGAUUGAACAUUUCUGUACCCUUGCCGUGCGGGCGGUCUAUUCAAGUAAUGACAGCUACUGUUACGCCGUGUAGAUUCAUCAUUCCCCUACCUUACAUUAUAGUUCUCUUGCAAUUUGCGCACUCAAUUUUAGUUUGUUAGUCAAAAACUGAAACC